AUCUUAUUGUAAUUUAAGUACAUAAUAUAAUCAAUAAUUCAUUUAUGAGUCACAGCAAAUUCGUCUGUCAGUGUUCUUUGUUGUUAGCUUAAGGGCGGACGCGGGUUAUCAGUGCUAUUUUGAAAAUUUCACAUAAUACCUUAGGAAUUUUAACUUAAACAAAUACCUAUAAGCAGUCAAUUGUUAGGAAGUGCGAAAAACGAGAAAAUUGAAAAUGAAGUUGCUGUCUAGCAUCAGGGAUAUACCUGCAUUUAACAAUGAAAAUGUGCACAUUAGGAAUGAACAAGAAUUGUUGGGAAAAAUUAACAAGAUUAUUCAAGAUGGACAUAAAAAUUUGCAAAUAGUAACUGAUUUUGAUUAGGUACACAUUGACAAAACCUUUAAUGGAAAACGGAUCGCCUGUUCUUACUACUUAUUCAAUGUUCUGGGAGUGUCCUUCAAUACCUCAGAAGUACAGAGAUGAGGAUAAAAAGCUUGCCGAAUUCUACAGGCCUAUUGAGCGUGACUCACUUAUGAAUGAGGAAGAAAAGACUAAACACAUGAUAGAAUGGUAUAAGGCAGCUAAUGCACUGCUUAGAGGUGUCACUUUUCCCAGGCAGGAACUGUUGGGCGUUGGGCAGAGGAUGAUAGAAUGCUAUAGGGACGGCGUGCAUGAGCUGGUGGCGUGGAGCCAGCGGCAGCAGGUGCCGGUGCUGGUGUUCUCGGCGGGGCUGGGCGACUCGGUGCAGGCCGCGCUCACGGCCGCUGGUUUCCAGCUCCCUAACGUUAAGGUGGUAUCCAACUUCCUGGAUCUCGAUGACAAUGACAAAAUAGUGGGCAUAAAGGGCGACGAGGUGAUCCACACGAUGAACAAGAACGAGACGACGAUCAAGAACACGGAGUACUACGAGAUGGUGAAGGAGCGCCGCAACGUGCUGCUCAUGGGCGACAGCAUCGGCGACGCGCGCAUGGUCGAAGGCAUGGAGCACUGCGCCGCCGUCGUCAAGCUCGGCUUCCUGGGCCACAACGUGCGCGACAGCUUGCCCAAGUACCUGAGCCAGUUCGAUGUCGUGCUCGUCAACGAGCCCAGUAUGCGCCUGCCCAACGCCAUACUUCAGCUCAUUUAGCUCAUCUGCCUAGCGCACUCGUGACAUCGUUCGCCGCGAGCCGAGUAGUGAGGGGCGCCGCGAGCCGAGUAGUGAGGGGCGCCGCGAGCCGAGUAGUGAGGG